CUUGCUUUUGCUAUAUCUACUCGAUCUACACACUGUCGGUGGCGAUCAUAUAUCUACCAACUAUACACCCAUCAAGUCCACUGUCGCCUCUGCAACCCCAUCCACGUGACCGUGCCUGGACCCCACCCGAUCCGGGGAUUCAUUCCAAGGAAUCAAUUACCAAACCCCGCUCGAUGAUCAAAGGACACAAAGCCUCUGUCUAUCUAUCUGUAGAGCAACUCACAUUGUACAUAGGCCUGCGAUCUAUCCAUCCGCCAUUAUGGUCCACAUCAAAGAGUUUGCCGUAGAGCAAUGGAUGGACAAGUAUGAAACCACCGCCAAGUACAACGUGGCCGAGACAUGCUGCGCGUCUAUCUCGGUCAACGAUCUCCGGGAGCUGUCGGAGGACAAAUCUGACCCGUUGGACUUCUCUACCAAGCUCACCUACGGCGCCAUUCGUGGGUCGGAGCGACUUCGCGGGGCUUUGGCCGCGUUGUAUUCCAUCGAGACACCCAAUCAUCUGCCUGCAGAUAAUGUCCUGGUCACGGCUGGUGCCAUCCAGGCCAACUUUUUGCUGCUGUACUCCCUGGUCGGUCCGGGAGACCAUGUCAUUUGCCAUUACCCCACGUACCAGCAGCUCUACUCGGUCCCUGCGUCGCUCGGGGCCGAGGUGAGUCUGUGGAAAUCCAAGGAGACGGACGACUGGAAAUUGGAUACCGAAGAGUUAAAGCAGCUCAUCCGCCCGAAUACGAAAUUAAUUAUCCUCAACAACCCGCAGAACCCGACAGGCGCCGUGAUUCCCCAAGCGACCCUGGAAGAGAUCGUUGAGAUUGCCCGUCGCUCAUCCAUCAUCAUCCAGGCAGAUGAAGUAUACCGACCGAUUUUCCACUCCAUCGGCCCCGUGGAACGCGAAUUCCCCAGGUCACUGCUCUCUCUCGGAUACGAGCACACUGUAGUGACCGGCUCCAUGUCGAAGGCAUACAGCCUAGCCGGAAUCCGCGUCGGAUGGCUUGCAUCUCGCGAUCGUUCGAUCGUCGAGAGAUGCGCCAGUGCCAGGGACUACACGACCAUCUCCGUCGGCCAGAUCGACGACGCCAUUGCGAGCUACGCUCUCGCCCCGGCCUGCAUCCACAACCUGCUCGAGAGAAACAUCGAGCUGGCUCAAAAGAACCUGGCCAUUUUGGAAACGUUCAUCGAGUCGCAUCGAUGGGCGUGUGACUGGAUCAAGCCACGGGCAGGUACGACGGCAUUCGUGCGCUUCAGCAAGAAGGGCGAACCGGUCGAUGAUACCGCGUUUUGCGAGGCGCUCCAGGAGAAGACCGGUGUGAUGUUUGUUCCUGGAAGCCUGUGUUUUGGCGAGGGAGAGGAUUUCAAGGGCUACGUCCGUAUUGGGUUUGUGUGUGAGACGGAAGUGCUGGAGCAAGCCAUGAAGGAACUGGGAUCGUUCAUGAACCGGGAAUUUGAGAAUGUGCCGAUGAUGCGGAGCAAGCUUGAAAUCCCUCUUGCCAUCGCCGGCCCGGCUCUGGUCACCGUACUCGCGUAUCUCAACGCGAAGUACUCUCUCUUCUACGAUAAACUCUUGAUAAAAUCCUUAAUCGGUUCGACUUCCAACGCGAGCUCCGCAGCCCGUCGCGACCAAGUCAACCACUUCUAUGUGCUGGAGAAGCAGGCGCGCGACCCCAAAACCCGAGAUCGGAUAUUCCUCGUCUAUAAUGGCCGCAGCUGGACGUUCCACGAGACGUAUGUGCUGGUGCUACGGUACGGGGCUUGGCUCAGGAAUGUGUACGGAAUCAAGCCCUGGGAAGUCGUUGCCAUGGACUUCAUGAACUCGUCAACGUUCGUUUUCGUCUGGUUCGGUCUUUGGAGUAUCGGCGCCGUGCCCGCUUUGAUCAACUACAACCUGUCAGGGAAGCCUCUGACACACUCGAUCCGGACAUCGAGCGCCAGGUUACUGCUCGUGGAUGAGGACCUUCGCAAAAGCUUUCCCCCGGAACAGAUUGAGGUAUUUGCUGCCGUUGAUUUUCGGGAUGGAAAAGGCCCCGUUGAAGUGGUCUUUUUCACCCCGGAGGUCGAGGCCGAGAUCCUGCAGAUGGAGCCCACGCGUGAAGAUGACACGGUUCGCAGCGGUGCCCAGCUGCGGGACAUGGCCUUGCUGAUUUAUACCAGCGGCACCACUGGCCUUCCCAAGCCCGCGAUUCUCCCCUGGCACAAAGUCUGGUCUAGUGCCGUCCUCAUCAGCACCUGGCUGAGCAUGACAAAAGACGACCGAAUGUAUACAUGCAUGCCUCUCUACCACUCAUCGGCAUCCAUCCUAGGUGUCAUGGGCUGUUUAUGGGCCAGCUCAGCCCUGAUUAUUGGUCGCAAAUUCUCCGCCCGAAGCUUUUGGACAGACGUACGGGAAAGCAAUGCGACCAUCAUCCAGUACGUCGGUGAGACAAUGCGAUACCUGCUAGCAGUUCCGCCUGUGAUCGACCCUGUGACGGGUGAGGAUCUAGACAAGAAGAAUAAGGUCCGCAUAGCACUAGGCAACGGCCUGCGCCCGGACAUUUGGAACCGUGUCAAAGAACGAUUUAACAUUCCUACGAUAGCCGAGUUCUAUGCUUCCACCGAAGGUACAUCUGGAUCCUUCAACCUCUCGUCCAACGAUUUCACCGCCGGUGCCAUUGGGUGGAACGGCGGGCUCACCGGCUUGCUUAUGGGCCGCGGCAUUGCCAUAGUCGAGGUUGACCAGGAAUUGCAGCAGCCCUGGCGCGAUCACAAGACGGGCUUUUGUAAAAAGGUACCACGGGGCGAGCCGGGGGAGCUGCUGUGGGCUCUCAACGCCGCGGACCCGGGAGAGAAGUUCGGUGGCUACUUCAAGAACAGCAAAGCUACCGAGGGUAAGAUAAUCCGCGAUGUUUUACGCAAAGGGGACGCUUUCUUCCGCACUGGCGACAUGAUUCGCUGGGACAGCGAUGGCCGCUGGUACUUCACCGAUCGCCUAGGCGACACCUUCCGGUGGAAGAGUGAGAAUGUGUCGACGAGCGAGGUUUCAGAGGUCCUGGGUGUUCAUCCGGAUGUGCAUGAAGUAAACGUCUACGGAGUGGCUUUGCCCAACCAUGAUGGCCGUGCUGGUUGCGCUGCCAUCGUCUUCCAGCAACAGUCUCGAGCGGAGGACCAAUCCGUGGUUAUCCCUCCUUCGCAAGAAAGUCUGAACAGCCUGGCAGCGCACGCUCUGAAAAAUCUCCCCCGCUUCGCUGCUCCUCAGUUCCUGCGUGUCACUGGAGAGAUGCAAGCUACGGGGAACAACAAGCAGCAGAAGCAUGUUCUGCGCACUGAGGGGGUGGACCCAUCCCUGGUAGCUGCGGGUGAUCGCCUUUACUGGCUUCAAGGAAACCAAUACGUCCCCUUUGAGCCGAAGGACUGGAACCGGUUGCAGGCUGGACAGGCCAAGCUAUAGUGAUAGGGUUAGCAUUGGUUGAUUUGACUGUCAGGGUAGACAUGUCUGGGCGACAUGACAAUCACACAGAGACAUCUUUCAUGCUAUUUAAGGAGCUUGUUUCUCAGUGGCAGUCUGGGGGCGCCCUCGGAAAUGGGCAUCCGUGUUCCAUAGCCUGUAAACUUCGCUGUUGAUAACAAGCGGUACUCCAGGUUUCAUGAUCUUUGAUAGAGGACUUUUUAAAUAACAUGGGAC